UCCACACCCCUCGGCACCAUGUCCGCGCCAAAGUCGCAGCGCGUCGCGCCCCUCCUAGCAGGCGACGAGACAAAGUACAAGCGACGAUACCGCGGGCUGAAGGAGCUCGUCAACGAGCUGAGCGACGAAUCAAACCUCCUCGCGCUGCGCGUGCAUCUCAUCCAGCGCCGCCUGUACGACCACCACAUGGAGCGCUACGGGCGGCCGCCGGCGCCGAUGCCGGUGCCCGCUGAUGCGAGCUGGGCGCCGCUGGUCCAGAACGCCGCAACAUACCCCGAAGACACGGGCAAGCCCGUGCCCCCCAUGACGCCGCCGCAGAAGCGCGCGGCGCUCGACAACCCCGCGUCCAAUGCCCCCUCGGCCCCGCCGUCGCCCUCCUCAGAGGCCAUCCUCGACGCCGCUGGCCUCUCGGGCGCACCAUCACCCCGCGAGCGUGAGCGUGAGCGUGAUCGUGAUCGCGAUUCCCGCGACCGGGAACCCCGCGAAUCGCAUCACUCGCGCCACUCGAACCGCAAGUCGCGCGGCGGAGACGACGACGACGACGACAUCCUCAUGGACGACGACUUCUAGUCGCGUUGCCUAGACAUCCUGUGUACCACUCUCCCCCCACUGUACAGCACGCCGCGCGGCCUAUGCAUGAUACCAAG